AUGGCUGAAGCGAAAGCUUUAUCUGAAGCGAAACUAAGACGUAGAACUGCUAAAGCCGCGCUAACCCGUAUAAGUAAAACGCUGAGAAUUAAACUACAAAACGAUAGACCCCCAGGCGAAAUAACCGAAGCUUUGCAAAAGGUGAAACAGGCGUAUAAUGAUUUAGUCGUUAAACAUGAAGAAUAUGCCCAGAACUUUGAAAAUGAUGAGGAAUUCGAAACAGAGGAAAAAUGGCUAGAAGAAAGUCAGGAUGCGUAUCUUCAACUAGAAUGUACAACAAAUGAUUAUAUUAUGAAUAAAAACAUGCAACAGACAUUGGGCGGAAGUGUUGAACAACCGGAAGCGAGUAGCGGAAAUAACGGAAGUGAAGCCCAAACGAACACUGAACAGUCGGAAACAGUCGGAGAAACUUCGGCAACUGAACAGCAAGCUGUAAAUGUGAACAACCAAGAAGAAACUUCUGAAAAUAAUGCUCAAUCGAGUAAUAAUGUCCAAGAAAAUGUUCAACAAAGCGUCACAAAACCCUGUGGAUUCAAAAUGGAAAGACCCAAGAUGCCGCGAUUUGCUGGAGACGUCCGAGAUUACGUCAUAUUUCGAGCUGAUUUUAGACAUGCUGUAGAUUCAAGGUACGGUAAAAGAGAUGCAAUGUCCUUGCUACGUACGAGCCUUAGCGCAAGACCCUUGGAGCUGAUAAAAGGAAUUGGUAGCGACUACGAUGCUGCAUGGGAGCACCUAGAUUCGAUAUACGGAGACCCUAGAUUGGUCGCAGACACUGUCACCCAUGACAUUUCAAAAUUCAAACCACUUCGUGAAGAUGAAGACUCAAGAUUUUGUGAUUUAACCCAACUGGUUAGAAGAAGCUACAACACGCUCAAGGAAGUCAACAGACAGUUUGACAUGGAUAACAAUCACAUGAUAGCAAUAAUUGAACAGAAAUUGCACAUGAAUGACAGGAAGAUCUGGUCGCGCCAUUUGGAAAGCAGUGGAAAAGAGGCUACAUUAGAAAAUCUAAUCACAUGGAUGACAACAGAAAUAAAAACAAGAAUGAGAGCUACAGCGCCUCUGAGAAGUAUGCAAUCCAGGCAUCCGGUUGGAAGUUUCAAUGCUGAUAUUUCUGGAAGUAACCCUAAGUGCUGGGUGUGCAAGAGUUCCAACCAUUUCGUUGAUCAAUGCAGAAAGUUUUCAGCUAUGAAUCCCAGUGAACGAUUACAAGCUGUUAAGGACAAUCAUGCCUGUUAUAGUUGUCUUAAGCGUGCAGGUAGAGACCACAGAUCAUCAAAUUGCUCCAGAAGACGUCAGUGCCAAGAGAAAGUGAACGGUAACCAGUGUAAAUACUACCAUCAUCACCUACUCCAUGAAGAUAACCCACAUACCGCUGCAAAGAUUGGAACAUUUACAACAGACAAAACAGCAAUGCUUCCUAUUGUACAAGCGAACAUUCUCGGUUUAAAUGGUCUGAAAAAGAAAGGAAACGUGUUAUUAGAUUCCGGCGCUCAGAUCAGUUUAAUUAAAACGUCAGUCGCCAAAGAUUUAAAGCUAAAGGGAAAGGACGUUGUUCUGACUCUUAUAAAAGUAGGAUGUCAAGAAGAGGAAUUACACACCAAAGUAUAUCGUGUUACGGUUCAGUCGCUAGAAAAUCAAUCAUGUCACACAAUUGAAGCCAUUGGAAUUCCCUCUGUUAGUGAUGAAAUUUCCGUUGUAAAAAUAGAUGAGGUAAUCAGAAAGUUUGGUUUAUCAAGAGGUGACAUUCGAAGAGGAACUGGUGAUACGGACUUGUUGAUUGGUAUCGAUCAAGCGAAGCUCCAUACCGGAGAAACGAAAGAAGCAGGAAAUCUUGUGGCACGCCAUUCCCCUCUAGGUUGGGUGAUCUUCGGUGCUACAACUAGUCAGCAACUUGGAACCAGCAGAGUAAAUCACGUGAAGUUCGCGACACCCGUAGACAUGACCGAGUUUUGGUCUACCGAGUCAAUGGGAGUUUCUGUCAAGCCAUGCUUUUGUGAGCCGCAAAAGCUAAGCCCUAUCGAAAGAAAAGAAGCGAAAGUGAUCGAAGAUUCUUGUGAAAAGUUAAAUGGACAGUGGCUUAUAUCGUAUCCAUGGAAAAGAGAUCCAUACGAAUUACCAGAUAAUAGAGAGCAAGCGGAAAAGAAGUUGCAGGCGACAGAGCGACGACUUUUGAAGAAUCAAGAACAUGCAACCGCAUAUGAUAAAGAGAUGGUCGACAUGAAUAAACUCGGCUUCUCGAGAAAAUUAUCAGAAGAAAAACUUAACCAGUACAACGGCCCGGUGCAUUAUGUGUCACAUCACGAAGUCUUACGACCCGAAAGCAAAAGUACUCCUCUACGGAUUGUUUUUAAUUCAUCUGCAGUUUAUCAAGGACAUAAGCUUAAUGACUAUUGGAUGAAAGGACCCGAUCUUUUGAACGACCUUUUUGGUGUCUUACUCCGUUUUCGUGAAAGUCGAACUGCUGUUUAGGAGACAUUUCGAAAAUGUACCACCGUAUCUUAAUACCGGAAGUUGAUCAGCAAGUGCAUAGAUUUAUCUGGAGAAAUUUGGAAACUGAACGUGAUCCCGACACUUACGUGAAAACGGUUUUGACGUUUGGCGACAAGCCUACCCCAGCGAUGGCGCAGAUCGCUCUAAGAAAGACCGCGCAAGAAUCAGAAGAAGUGUACCCGAAAGCUGCAAAGGUUUUGAAAAACAACACAUAUAUGGACGAUAUUUGUGAUUCACUGGAAACAAAUGAGGAGGCUCGGCAGCUUACCCGUGACGUAGACGAGGUUUUGGCAAAAGGUGGAUUUGCAGUGAAAGAGUGGAUAUCAAAUUGCAAUCUGGGUGAAGAAAACCAAUCAUCGGAAAAACAAGUUGUGCAGUCUGAUCGAGAGAAAAGUCCGAUAGAAAAGGUUCUUGGACUUGAAUGGGACCAUCAAAAUGAUAAGCUAAAGCUCCACACAAGAGAAAUCCAUAACGCCAGUACGAAGCCAAAAAAGCUGACAAAGCGGUUAGUCCUUAGUCGAAUCGCGCGUGUUUUUGAUCCCAUCGGAUUAGCUUCAGCUUUUCUUAUACGUGCAAAGAUUGGCAUGCAACAUCUAUGGAAGAAAGGACUUGAUUGGGAUGACGAACUUCCCUUUGAUUUACAAGAGUUCUGGAAUAAUUUGUUUCACGAACUGUCAUGUCUGAAUAGCUUAUGCUUCGAAAGAUGUCUUCCGUGGAAGCUUUUGGUGCCUGUUCGUACAUACGAUGGAAAUUAGCGGAUGGAAGUUUUGGCGUACGUUUCAUCGCAGCAAAGUCGAGGGUAUCCCCAUUAAAGCAACUAACGAUCCCACGUUUGGAGUUACAAGGAGCAGUCCUUGCCUCUCGGUUGAGUAAAUCCAUUUUGGAGAAAUUCGAAAGAACGAUUUUCUUUCUCGACAGUCAGAUUGUUCUUGCAUGGAUUCGCGGUGAAGCUAGAAGAUUUAAACCAUUCGUUUCAAUACGAGUGAGCGAGAUUCAAAGUAAUUCCGACCCAGCUACGUGGAGACACUUACCUGGAGAAUACAAUGUUGCCGACGAAGUGUCUCGUGGGAUUUCUGUGCAAAGUCUGACAGAGAAAUGGCAACGAGGUCCAGAAUUUCUUCGAUUACCUGAACAUGAAUGGCCAGCGGAUUCAUCAACUGUUGAGACCGGUGAAGUUGAACAGGAAAUUCGAAAGAGUCAGAAAGUGUGUACAGUGAAGGAAACUAUGGCUUCCCCGAUCGAUUGUACGAGAUUUUCGAACUGGAGACGACUGGUGCAAGUAACAGCGUAUGUCUUCAGAUUCUACUGGAAUUUGAAAGCUCGUGUGAAAAAAGGAAAAGCAGAAAACCCAGAUAA